UAUUUGAAAUGAGUCAUGGAUCGGACUGUGUGCGCCUCAGUGUUUUGUUGGACUAGUGACUGUUGGGGUUGCUGCCGCUGCUAUCAUUAAGUAGUGAAAAUGAAAACUUGAAGAUGAUCUAACUAUCGUUUCGUACGGACGUCGCGUAAAUCAACAACGACAAGGAAAGAACCAACGUUUUUUUUCAUUAUUUACCUGAUCACUUGAAAUCGAAACGACGAUUUGCGUUCGAAUUAUUUGAUUUUUCGUUGCCUUUAUCAUUCAAAGGCCUGAGGGCUCAUUGUUCAGUUAUUUAUUCAGUCAGCCAGUCGGUUAUAUGGAAGAUUAUGACCGUGUGCUGUACCCACUAUAUAGAAUAAAUUAAUAAGAAAUAAUUAAUAAGUACAUCAAUUGGAGUAGCAGCAACGCGAAGGUGAUAAUCCACGACGAAGUGACGAAAUGUCAAAUUCUGGAGUUAAUGGCGCUUUCGCCAAAUGUUUUAUACUGUUUAUGGCGGUAGUUAUAUUGCUACAAGGUUGCCUCUAUUUGGGUCUUUCCAUAUGGGGUAUUACUCUGAGAGAAUGUUCCAAAGGAACCACAGAUGUAACGCAGGAUCCACUAAAAUUUGUAUUUGAUUUAAUUUACUUUUUGGAUGAAAAUUGUGGAAAUCCAUCAAUUUCUGUACCAACUACCGAAAAUUCUUUGGCGAUAGAGGUAAAUUGGGGUGAAUCUGAUAAUGUUACAAAUAGAACAUACAUUAUUAUGAUUGUAUAUGCCGCAAUUAGCGCCCUGUGGAUUGUUACCUCAUUGUUGGUGAUUACAACAAUUUGUGGUCCGGUAACCAAGGUGGUAAGGGCUUUAUGCUUUUGGCCUUGGUUUUUAGUUGUUAUUGGUGGAAGUAUAUUGGAUGCAGUGGCCACUGGAUAUAACAUACAUGACAUUGUGCACACAACUACCCUCGAAAAUACUUUUAAAUAUCUGCAACUUUCUGCUUCCGACAUGGCCAUGGAAAUUUUGAAGCCAUUUUCCACAUAUUUUGUAACGCCUUCGAUAAUAAUGACUUGCAUUACUUCAAGAAUUGUUUUAAUUUGGUUUUUGAAUAUUUUCGGAUGCAGCUUUUGUCUUUCUCUGUCCAGUGCUCUAUCAAAGAGGAAUUCUUCGACCAAGAGCAGCAUAACAAGUGCAAACACAGCCAGCACCCUUCCAGUUGCUACACCUCAAGAAAGACAGCCAUAUCGGGAAGCACAGAUUAUGGCUGAGGAAAUACAGCAACAACAGAGAUCUGCUACCCCUCCACCACAGCGUGAAUCAGAGUUAAUUCGACCCAAGCCAUUGAUUGUUCAGAAUCCUGCCAGCGUACAAAGGCAAUCAUCUAUACCACCGCCUCAGAACAACCGACCCUAUGAACAGCAACAACCACCAUCUGCCCCAGCCCCAUCACCGAUUUACCCAUCCAUUAACGAACAAGUAACUUAUCGCAAUACAGAAACACAUCCCGACAGAUUAAAUUACCCAACUCAACAACAGCAACAGCAACCGCCUUUGCCCCAAUCCCAACCCCCACAGUUACAGCUGCAAGUUCAGCCACCAAAGACAUCCCCAUCUCAUGAACAACUAUCGCCGAUAUCCCCAUUAAACUUGCGUUAUUCGACAAGUUCUCCCGGGCCUCAAUCCCAACAAAAUCAAAGAGUAAGCGAGGAACUAAGAGGUCAAUUACCUUGGUCCUACACCAGUAUUCCACCACCAACACCAAAGAAACCACAAAUGCAAGUUUAUCCAGAAAUACCAGAACCUGAUUACGGCCAUUAGUUAAGCGGCUGCGUAAAUUGUGUGAUACAAAUGUAAUUUGUUUUUGUUCUCUUAUUGUUUCAUGUUAUUUCCUAAUGUAGUAAAUUUAACAAAAUACUUUUGAAAUAAAAAAAUGCUUACAGUACGUUUAUAUAUA